GGCAUCGAAAACCGCGGGAAAGCGCAGUGCCAGCGGCAUGAGCACGCCGCGGAAAGGAUUGUCCUCGAUGCUGUCCACGAAGGUGGAAGUGGUGCAGAUGACUUGAUCGUAGAAGGACACAAGGGUGUCGUUGUAAUGUAUCAGCGGCGAGGAGAGCGAUGGCUGUGGAUGCAAUUCCGAACUUGGAGCGUUUUCAAGAGGGGCGAUUAACUUGCGGUUCAAGCCUGCAGGAAGCAUAUGGCGUGCGAUCUCGGUGGUGCUGGUGUUGAGAAAAUAGACGCCGGAUGGAUAGAGUUGCGCCGGUGGGCAAUCAGACAGCUCCUCAAUCCUCGCAGUGCUACGAUGUUGAGGCCCUCGGCCAUGACACUGGCCCUUGGCGAUCGAUUCCUCCAACCAGAUCAACUUCAAACCGUAGUCACAUGUUUGGCGCCGCUUUUUGCAUCGCGAGCACACUGGCCGCCGUUCUGUUGGACCUAGUUAGAUGUCUCCGCGCUGACGGACAAACGCGUAAGCCAGUCUUCGCACCAUCGCACUUUACAUGGUCCUCCCGACACGCCCGGCACCCAUCACGACUACGGUGCGCGCACGCCUGCAUCUCGAUCGACGGGAGGAGUGAUGCGUGCCCAGCAGGUUUCGGUUGCGUGGGUACGCUGACGGUAGUACAUCGUUUAGGCGUGGUGAGGGAACGAAAGGGGAAUCGACCUCCGGACACAUCCUGCACAGAUAGUCGUGCUGGGGGGUGAGUGGAGCGAAAGGAGGUGUGAAAUGCAGUGCGAGGCUACUCGAGCCUUGAUAUUCGCAUUUGAGGGAGAGGAAGAAAGUCG